AUGGCCAUCGCCGCUGUCCUGACAUCACUACAAGGCAGCGUGAUUGAGUAUCCCCACCGCUCCCUAGCCGCCGCAGCCCUCCUCGUCCCCAUCCUCUAUGUCAUUCUUAAUGAAUUCAUUCGACAUUCUGCCCGUGUGAAGGGUAUGAAGGGUCCACGUGGACUGCCUUUGAUUGGUAAUCUGGCGCAGAUUCGCACAAAUGCCGCGGAGCAGUAUCGCCUCUGGUCGAAAAAGCACGGCCCCGUUUAUCAGAUCCAGCUUGGGAAUAUCCCCGUCGUCGUGGUCAACUCUGCUGCAUCGGCCAAGGUGCUUUUCAGUCAUAAUGCGCAGGCGCUGAGCUCCAGACCCGAGACUUAUACUUUUCACAGGAUUGUUUCCAAUACCGCCGGAACGACUAUCGGUACAUCACCCUACAGUGAGUCCUUGAAGAGGCGCAGAAAGGGCGCCGCAUCGGCCCUCAACCGCCCCUCUGUCGAUACGUACGUAUCUCACCUGGACGUCGAGUCAAAGGCCUUUGUGGAAGAGCUUCACAGAUAUGGAAACCACGGGAAGACGCCGGUCGACCCCAUGCCCAUGAUCCAGCGUUUGAGCUUGAGUUUGGCAUUGACUUUGAACUGGGGCGUGCGUAUUGUGUCGCAGGAAGAGGACUUGUUUGAUGAGAUCACCGAGGUGGAAGAUGAGAUCAGUCGGUUCCGAAGCACUACUGGAAACCUGCAGGAUUACAUCCCUCUUCUACGGCUGAAUCCGUUUAGCUCCAACUCGAAGAAAGCCGCCGAGAUGAGAAUCCGUCGCGAUAAGUAUCUCGGUGCGCUUAAUAGUGACUUGGAUGAUCGCAUGGCAAAGGGAACGCAUAAGCCUUGUAUCCAGGCUAAUGUUAUUCUGGAUAAGGAGGCUAAACUAAAUAGUGAGGAGCUGACGUCAAUCAGCCUGACUAUGCUUUCUGGUGGUCUUGAUACUGUUACCACUUUGGUUGCAUGGAGUCUGGGCUUGCUGGCUCAGCGUCCUGAUAUCCAAGAUCGAGCGGCCAAGGCCAUCCGGGAGAUGUAUGGUGAGGAUGAGCCCAUGUGCUCUUCUGACGAUGACCAAAAGUGUGCGUAUAUUGCAGCCCUGGUCAGGGAAUGUCUUCGUUUUUUCACUGUAUUGCGAUUGGCACUUCCUCGCACCUCGAUCAAGGAUAUCACCUAUGAUGGAAUUACCAUUCCCAAGGGCACAGUGUUCUUCUUGAAUGCCUGGGCAUGUAAUAUGGAUCCUGACGUGUGGACUGACCCGGAUGAGUUCCGCCCCGAGCGCUGGUUUGAGCAGCCUGAUGCGCCUCUUUUCACAUACGGUAUGGGCUACCGGAUGUGCGCCGGUUCGCUACUGGCCAAUCGAGAGCUCUAUCUCGUCUUCAUCCGCACCCUGAACAGCUUCCGCCUUGAACCACAUGACAAAGCAGACUGCCACCCUCUUCGUGGUAACUCGGAUCCGACUAGCUUGGUAGCUAUUCCUCGAAAAUAUAAGGUCCGAUUUGUACCGAAGAAUGAAGAGGUUCUGUCAAAGGUUCUUGCUCAGUGA